AUGGACAGUGACCAGACCAGGAUCUUGGGAAGGGCUACCCUCAUCCUGCAGGCUCCACUUUAUGUGUUUGAAGGAGACUCCGUGUUUCUGAGAUGCUGAGCAAAGGCAGGAGUAGCACUGACUAAUGUGACCCUAUACAAGAAUGAUGGAUUGCUGGCAUUCCUUAGUAACACCUCCGACUUUCAGAUUCAUCAAGCAGAUCUGAAGGACAAUGGAGCAUAUCACUGUACUGGAUUUAAGAAAGGUUGUUGCUCUAUUAUUUCAAACAGAGUCAAUAUCCAAGUCCAAGAGCUGCUUCACCAUCCUGUGCUGAGAGCCAACUCCUCCUGGCCCACUGAGGGGGAACCAGUGACCCUCACCUGUGAGAUCCAGCUCCCACCACAGAGGUCAGAUGUCCGGCUCCAGUUCUGCUUCUUCAAAGAUGGACAGAUCCUGGGGCCAGGGUGGAGCAGCUCCCCAGAAUUCCAGAUCAACACCAUAUGGAGAGAAGACUCAGGGUCUUACUGGUGCAAGGCACAGACAGUGACUUCCCGUGUCUGGAAACAGAGCCGGACAUCCCAGAUAUAUGUGCAGAGAGUUGUUGCCAACGUCCAAAUGCACACCCGCCCAGCCUUAGAGUUGGUGAUUGCAGGGCAGGAACUGGUCCUCAUCUGCUCAGUAGAUGGAGUCCCAGGGCCUGUCAGAAUCUUCUGGUACAAAAAAUCAAACAAGAAGCCUAUGAAAGCAAAGAUUCAGAAUUCCCUGAAUGAAGAAUUCAAGAUCACCAUGGUGAAAAAGAGAGAUGCUGGAGAGUAUUACUGUGAAGCCAACAACGGUCGCCUCUCCUUUCGCAGCAAGUCAGUGACCAUCAAUGUGAAAGUUCCCGUGUCUCCUCCUGGCCUCACCCUCAGCCCUCCUGGGGACCGGGCUCCUGAAGGAGAUGAGGUGACACUUCAGUGUAAAGCCCAGAGAGGUUCUCUUCCAAUCCAGUACCAGUUUUUUCGUGAAGAUGUAUUUCUCAAGGAGAUAGAAGUCACUUCAUUGAGAACAAGCUCCUUCAGCUUCUCUCUGACUGCGGAGCAUUCUGGGAACUACUACUGCACCGCUGACAAUGGCCUGGGGGCCCAGCGCAGCAGAGCAGUGCACCUCUCCGUCAUCACUCCAGUGUCUCCUCCUGUCCUCACCCUCAGCCCUCCUGGGCCCUGGGCUGUUGAGGGAGAUUUGAUGACACUUCACUGUGUAGCCCAGAAAGGCUCUCCCCCCAUCCAGUACCAGUUUUAUCAUGGGGACGUCACCCUGGGGAGCAGUUCAAUUCCAUCUGGAGUAGGAGCAUCCUUCAGCUUCUCUCUGACUUCAGAGCAUUCUGGAAACUACCACUGUACAGCUGACAAUGGCUUUGGUUCCAAACAUAGUGAGGCCGUUAGCCUCUCUGUCACAGUUCCAGUGUCUUGCCCUGUCCUCACCCUCAGGGCUCCUGGGGCCCAGGCUGUGGUGGGCGACGUGGUGGAGCUUCACUGUGAGGCCCAGAGAGGUUCUCCCCCGAUCCAGUGCUGGUUUUAUCGCAAUGAUGUCACCUUGGAGAGCAACUCAAGCCUCUCUGGAGGAGGAUCUUCCUUCAAUCUCUCUCUGACUGAAGAACAUUCUGGGAACUACUCCUGUGAGGCCAACAAUGGUCUGGGUGUCCGGCGCAGUGAUGCAGUGUCACUCAGAUUAACUAUUUUUUCUCCCUCACUUCCACUGUCUCGCCCUGUCCUCACCCUCAGGGCUCCCAGGGCUCAGACUGUGGUGGGGGACGUGGUGGAGCUUCACUGUGAGGCCCGGAGAGGCUCUCCCCCAAUCUGGUACCAGUUUUAUCAUGAGGAUGUCACCCUGGGGAGCAGCAUGGCCCCCUCUGGAGGAGGAGCAUUCUUCAACAUCUCCCUGAGUGCAGAACAUUCUGGAAACUACUCCUGCGAGGCCAACAAUGACCUGGGGCCCCAGCGCAGUGAGGUGGUGACACUCAAUGUCUUAGUUCCAGUGUCUCGCCCUGUCCUCACCCUCAGGGCUCCCGGGGCCCAGGCUGUGGUGGGCGACGUGGUGGAGCUUCACUGUGAGGCCCAGAGAGGCUCUCCCCCAAUCCAGUACCGGUUUUAUCGCAAUGAUGUCAACUUGGAGAGCAACUCAAGCCUCACUGGAGGAGGAUCUUCCUCAACCUCUCUGACUGAAGAACAUUCUGGGAACUACUCCUGUGAGGCCAACAAUGGCCUGGGUAUCCAGCGCAGUAACACAGUGACACUUUCUAUCACAAGUAAGUUUCCUACGCCUGUGCCAUAGAUGUGGAGAAAAUAUUUCCUCCAAAGAUUCUCUGAUAACCGUCCUGAUGCUUGACCAGGACAGUGCUUCUCAGGCACAGGUACACAAAGCUGGCAGUUCUUUAAAUUGUUGUUUUCUGCAGUAUUUCUGGAGUGAUAGUACUGGGGCAGGAGAGAGGGGCCAAGGAGGAUCACUGAAUUUAAUGCCCUUUGCUGGUGCUGUCCAUCCUGACCUUCACCCGUUGCCUCAUCAGCAGAGAUGAGCUUCCUCACAAAGAGAAGAGCCAUUUCCUGUGCCACACCAACACCUGCUUAGCCUCAGGAACCCUCGUCCCCUAGGUUUAUCCUCUCUCCCCAUGCCCAGGCAUCCGUUCUGACCCAGGGGAAGCAGGAGUCCAAGACCACAAGCCUCUCCCUCUGGCUCAUGCACCGGUUUUCACCUUCAUGGCUGACAGGGAGCACAAGUGGCCCUGUCGCCACAGGUGUCACCGGCGGACUGCUCAGCGUGUUGGGCCUUGCUGCUGCGGGACUGCUGUUUUAUUACUGGCUCCCAAGAAAAGCAGGUGGGUAACUCCCUGGCUAACCUGUGCUUGAGUCUAUGCCCUUCCCAUCUCCAUUCCCUCAGGCUCCUGCUGCCUUUGUAACCACCCCCAAGCUCUCAACAGCUCCUCCCACCACUGUCCCACAGUCCCCACUUUCCCUCUAGGUCCCCCAGAAUUUGUCUUUACCAAACGCAAAGUUUCCAAAACAACCCUAUUGAGCAGAAGAUGACUUGAUUAGAUGUAGUUUAUUCAACACCAUAAGCUGCAGUGUACUUACCUCUCUCCACUUACAAGAUCAUCCCCAAAGAACGCGAAGAGGAGAAGAAAGACUCUGAGAAACAGGAGUGAAAACAGGAACCAAAUGGGAUUUGAUAACUUACUGAUUUCUUAAAUGUCCAUUAUUUUCAUAGCUGAUCAAGUCUGCUUUCCCACCUGUAGCUACUGACCAUUGUUCUUUACAAACUCCAGGUUGAAGGAUUAUGGAUUGUGGGUUCCCCUUUCGCAUUAUAACUCUACCCCUCUGGAAGUCAGGGGCCAUAGUUUUUGCCCAAUCUGCCUCCUCCCUUGGAUGUAGAGAAGAAGGGUUCACACCUGAGUGAAGCGACUCCUGGCAGGUUCUGGGCGAGCCUCCUACAAGCUGUGCUCCUUGUGAAGUCUUCCUUCUCCCGGAUCCAAUGCCCCUCUGCUUUCCUUUGCAGGAAGAAGGCCUACCUCUGACCUCUCCAGGUAAGAGCUAGGCUGUAUUCCUGUGUUUAAUGAAAUGACUACAGGGUAUAAAAAUGGAGUUGAGUCUGGUUACUGCUGAGAGCACAGUCACUGCUUCAUGUCACUGAGAUGGAUUGUGUCAAUUUCACGUUGCCACCACUCUUGGGAUAUCUUAAGGCAAUUCCCAGGACCUCCCACAGCCUUAGCCACAUAGGACCUUUUCUUGCAUCAAAUAUUGAUGCUUAUUAUUUUUUAACUUACAUGCUUGUACCACUGUUACUUGGUUGCCUGAGUGAUCACUAUGACCACUGAAUCUGCCCAAGUCUUCAGAUGAUCUUAGCUUAAUCAUCCUGGAAAGUCAGGGUAUGGCCAACCUAACCAAUACCUAUUGUGAUGAGACCCAAGAGGAUGGAGUAACACAAGUUGGCCACUCAGAGAGACCACUCUGCCAACAGGAGGUGGUGCCUGUGGAGAAGAAGCUGCCAUCUUGGAUCCCAAAGGCUGACUUUAGGAGGCACACCAUAGCUCACAACUAUCCCUGGGCAAGCCCAUGGUAGCAGCAUCCAAAACAUACAGGCUUCCUCAGAGCCUUUCUAAUUACUGAUUUCUCUGAGAGCCUCAUCUCUCUGAGAGUGGAGGCAUUGGAGCCCGGUUUGAAUAUUGCUCUUUCCCUUUCUCGUUACACAGCAUUGAGUAAGUCACUUCACCUUUUGGAAACUCCAUCUUUUUCAUCUAUAAAAUAGGGAUAACGAUAGAAUCAACAAGAACUAGCUCAGUGCCUGGUAUAUACCAAGCGUCCAUAAAGUCUGGAAACAUGAACCAACAAGGACAUACACCCUGUGCUGCUGCCACACAAACCUCUCGAUUUCCUGUCUGUACCACUUCCUUUCAAGCAGCCGUGACUUUGCACAUGCUAUGCCUUUUCCUACUAACUUUUCCCUUUUUUCCUCUCUGUCGAACUCACUCAUCCUUCAAGACCAAGUUCAAAUGUCAAAUGAAGCCUCACUUUUCCUUCUGGGUUUCCAUAGCCUUUUGAAUCGACAUUUCUUGUAGUCCUUGCAGGAGUGUGUGUGUUUGUGUGCAUGUGCAUGUGUGUGUGUGUGUGUCUGCUUCCCUUCCUGGACUAUUUAAAGCCUCUCCAGUAUCGAGUGUUAUGACUUGCUCUAGUUUAGAAUCCUCCCCGCAUCCUCACAUACCCCAGUGCACAUCACAGGGUCUGGUAAAUCACAGAUGCUCAAUUCCUAGUGAAACAAUGAAUGGGCAGUGGUGUGGAAUGGGACGUUUCCUGUUUUCUCAGAGUAACACUUAAAGCCCCAAUGCUGAGCUCAACAGUUGAUAGUUACCCACGUGUUCUGAAGAGCAGUUUCUAGACACAUCCCCACAGGAUCAACUAAGAAGUGGCCACACCACUCUUGAGCACUUCCCUGGCUCCUCAUAUAUCCUUUAUGAGCUGAUGUCUAGAGUUCACUAAGGAUGAUGAUAGGGAAGGAGAUGGUGAUCCAGUGAGGGGCGCUGGGCAUUUUACCUCCCAUCUGAACUCCAGCCAGGGGAAGACAGGACCCCUAGAUAAUUGCUUAGAGGAGGGAAGACAGUCCCUCACCACUCAAGGAGAUUUCUUGGGCAUCAGGAACUCACUGGCUCUCCUGGAGGGGACCCCAGAUCAAAGCCCAGUGAAAAAGCUUUUAAGAGAUCUUGACACAAGGUCCCUGGAGUUUGGGAACAUUAUAGAGGAAUGUCUUCUUCUCCACUCCUGUUGUUUCCUCCCAUGGGGAAGGGGUUCCGUGAGUGUAACACUCCUGCCCUCACUCAUUCCCCAGAGGAGGAACAGUUACUUAUGUCUCUAGUGGGCUUAGAAGGUGAACACGGGCCUGCACGGCCCUGCCUCUCGGUCUCCCGUCCUCAAGGCCAACAGCAGCCCACAGGAGCUUGUGUUCUCCUCUGCUCUAAGUUUGAAAAGGACAUGCAUCUCAGAGGGCUGCUUAUGGUUUCACAGCCAUAACCCCAACCUCAAUAUUUGGCUCAUGAAGCUUCAAACCUUAAGAAAUAAAAAUAGGGGAGUCAGGGGAGCAAAAUGCACAGCGAGAGAUGGAGGCUUCUGCUCCAGCCAGGGCAGGUGCCUUCACGCUUUGGAGGUGCUUACCCCGCACAGUCCAUGUGGGUUUUACUGUGGUUCUUCAUGGCAAUUGACUAAGAGCCAUCAAUCUGUUUGGAAUGAAGUGGGCUUUUGGAUGCUGAACUAGGGGGAGGAGCUCCAAGCCUUAGGCUGCAGUGUUUUUUGGCAAGUUUCUAGAGCUUGGACCGGCUUUGACCAAGGGCUUUGGGGCUGGGGCUGCACACACUGACCACUAAGCGGUGGUGAGCAGGUGCACUGGACUCUUUAGGCUGGAGCGGCCCUAGAUGUGGCUUGCGCUGUUCCUGUGGUUAUGAAUUCAGACAGCUUCCUCUACCAAGCAAGGGUCCCAGUUCCUCCCAUGGAGGCAUGACCUGACAGCACCUCCCUCACAUACACCAUGCACCUUCCAGCUCCACCCUGGGGCUCCUCUCUUGGGCUGAAGUGCAGACGUGCACAGAAGUUGACUUUAGCAAUGGGAUAUUGCAAUCAGUGAAUAAAUUUUGCUCCUUUUCUCCACUCUAAACCCUUCCUCAAUGGACUACUCAGAGAUACAAAGGCUUUAUGUGACCUCUCGGAGGACAUCCUGAGAGAACAAGCCAUUAACCUAUUGUAAGCUGUGGCCAAGUCAGGUACACACACUCUCACAUGUGUCCUCCUUCUCCCCCAGCCUCCCCAUCCCCUCUCACUCCUGCUUCCCUGGGAUUGGACUCACUCAUAAUGGGUUAGUCCGUGAGCUUUUCUUCAGGCUAUUUUCUAGGGAACCAGAGCUAAGACAGCAGGUUCCAUAGGCCUCAAGCCACACAGAGUUUCAGCCAAAUGGUUGCCAUGUGGGACCUAACGGUCAGAUGCCCAGCAUGUGGCCUCAGCAAGUGGGAGGGCGUGGUGAGAGCCUCAGCAAAGCCAGGGCCUUGAAAAAUACCCACUUUUGCUUCAACAGAUGUGGGUUUCCUGAACAGCUGUGGCUGCGACAAAGAUUCAACCAUAAAAAAGAACUUUUUCAAGAAAGGCCUUUGACAUAUUGGGAGCCAGGGCAAUGUUUUCUGCUUUUAAUCUAAGGCAGCUGACUUCUUGCGUGUCCUAAAGCUUUUCAAACUAUUAGGUGUUAGCUUCUUGCCAAGAUAGGCAGUGCUGCACCUGCUGCCCCAGCCUCAGCUGAGCCUUUCAAAAAGGAAACCAGACACCAGAGACAGGAGCCUGAACCGCACCCUGUGCUGCCUUGCAGAGUACGAGGGAGAGACCUUGUCUCCACCACAGAACUGCAGCUAACCAAGGGUGGAGCGGGGGCAAGCAGGCCCUGGGAGGCAGGACUUUAGGCCUAAUUGCAAAUCAAGAGAUGCCAAUGGCAAGAGUAGCCCAGGACCAGAGGAAGAACUCUGUCCCACUCUAUUAUGGAGGCCACAUGACCCAGUAAAGCUCAGCCUCUGUGUGGCUCAGGGAACUCAGAAGCACCAGGCUCAAGAUAGGAAAUGUUAAAAUUCCUCAAUGGGAGAGGAAGGCUCCUCCCAGGUGGAUGUCUCCUCCUUCCCCCUCCCUUUGCAUCCUGGCAAAGCAAACCUCUUCUGGAAAGACCUCUUCCACUUGAGUUACAAUUGUAGACUCCAGACAGAUAUAAAGAUUGUGGUCAUUCUGGCAAGACCAACAUUAAAGAGAUGUUUUCCAUCUCCCCUCCAUGAUUCAGACACAGUCUCUUUGGCAACGCUAAAUGCCGGGCCCUGGGGCCACGAUUUUAUUGGGAUAACUACUCAGGAGCUUGAGACCGUUACUUUUCUAUAGUUGGUGAGUCUAGGGCCAGUGCUGCAUAGUCUGGGGAGCCCUAGUUACUCUCUAGAUUGUUUGAAAUAGUGUCUCAGUCUGCCCGGGCUGCUGUAAGAAAAACAUCCUAGUCUGUGUGGCUUACAAACAGCAGAAAUUGCUUACCUACAGCUGUGAAAGCUGGGAUUUCCACAGGCAAGUUGCCGGCAGAGUCAGUGUCUGGUGAGGGCCUGCUUCCUGGUUUAUAGACAUGCGCUCACAUGGCAGAAGGGGCAAGGGAGCUCCCUGGGGCCUCUUUUAUAAGAGCACUAAUCCCCUCUGUGAGGGCCCUGUGCUCAUGACCUCAUCACCUCCCAAAGGCCCCAUCUCCUACUACCACCACGUGGGGGAUUAGUUUUCAACAUAUGAAUUUGGAGGAGACACAAACAUUCAGUAUGUGGCAAAUUGUAAGACAAAUCAUCCACUAGCUAACCUUGGGAUAACGUGAGCAUGAAAAAGAAUGUUGGUAGUAACAAGCUAUAACAUUGAAUUUGAAAAGAAUUCAUGAGAUAACUAUUCUCAAAAGAAAAAAAGGGUAGGCAAAAGCUCUUCUUUACAGAAGAAAACAGAUAGUAAGUGUUGAAGGAAUGUUGACCUUAGGAAAUCACUUUGCAAUCCCCUGGUAACAAUUGCUUCAGGCAGGGAUCACCAGUGGAUGUUAAAAUUACUGGAUGAGAGGUUGCUGGGCAACAGGCGAUCCACAGGAUCUCAAUGCAUCACCACUCUCAGUACUUGUCGAUCAAAAGGGGGGAUGUACCUGGGGCCGGCCCGGUGGCGCAGCGCUUA